AUGUGGUCCCGACAGGCAAUCCGCUCAAUUCGAGCCGCAGCUCCCCAGCGGACCCUUGCCCGUGCUCCUGUGCGCUCUUAUGCCGCUGCUGCCGCCGCUCAGGAAGUCAAGCCCCCUGUCUCCGUGUACGGUCUUGACGGUACCUAUGCCACCGCUCUGUACACUGCCGCCGUGAAGUCCUCGUCUCUCGAGCCCACCGCUAGAGCCCUUACCGCCCUUGGCGAGCUAUACACCAAGGAUGCUAAGUUGGCCACGAUCCUAAACACCCCCACUCUCUCCGACGCCGACAAGAGCUCCAUCGUCGCCGAACUACAGAAGAACGUUGGUGCUGCUGCUUCCAACGAAACCGUCAAGAACUUCCUCGCUACCCUCGCCGAGAACAACCGUCUUGGAAUACUCCAGGGUGUCUGCGAGAAGUUCGGCGAGAUCAUGAGCGCCUCCCGAGGCGAGAUUGAGCUCAUUGUUACCAGCGCCCAGCAAUUGGACAACAGGACCCUCUCCCGCCUCGAAACUGCCAUCGCCAAGUCCCAAUACGUUGGACAAGGCAAGAAACUAAAGGUCACCAACCAGGUCAACCCGGACAUUCUCGGAGGUCUCGUUGUGGAAAUCGGAGACAGGACAAUUGACCUUUCGGUCUCAUCCAAGAUUGCCAAGCUUAAUAAGCUCCUUACCGACACCCUGUAA